AUGAGCAUUGUGAGGACAAAUGCUACAAAUCUACAAAACAUAGAGAUCUUAAGUAACUUGACUUCUACAUUUCCAACUUUCUUGUUGACCGGCAUUCCUGGCCUAGAGUCUGUCCAUGCCUGGAUCUCCAUUCCCUUCUGCUGUCUUUAUGCCAUUGCUCUCUCUGGGAACAGCAUGAUCCUGUUUGUCAUCUUCACCCAGCACAGUCUCCAUGAGCCCAUGUACUAUUUCCUCUCCAUGCUGUCAGCUGCGGACUUGGGCUUGACUAUUUCUACAAUGUCAACAACAUUAGCUAUCCUCUGGUUUGAUGCAAGAGAAAUCAGUCUAGAUAGCUGCAUUAUCCAGAUGUUUUUUCUUCAUGGAUUUACUUUCAUAGAAUCUGGGGUGCUGGUGGCCAUGGCCUUUGACCGCUUUGUGGCAAUCUGUGAUCCUCUAAGGUACACUACUAUUCUCACUCAUUCCAGAAUUAUUCAGAUGGGUCUCUUAAUGAUUUUACGCACUGUAAUAUUAAUAGUGCCACUACUCUUGCUCCUUAAGCCCCUCUCUUUCUGUGGAGCAAAUGUCCUUUCCCAUUCUUACUGUUACCAUCCAGAUGUGAUUAAAUUAGCAUGUUCAGAU